GGGUAAUUAAAUAUUCUUUCAUUCAUUUUCUAACUAUGUUCCUUUUCAACCAAGAGAGAUUACAUGCAUAUUGCUGAUGUUUGUUCUGUACAUGCGGUUAAGGGCAAGGUGUGCAGCUCUGCCUUAAGUCUUUUUUUUGUUUGUUGUGCCUGCUCACACUAUUGGACGAGACCAGAGCCCUGUUGUCAUGCCUAGGUAACAGUCUGGAACUCACAGUGAGACUAGUGUGGUCUGUGACUGAAAGCACUGCCUUGUGACACACUGUUAGUUGACACACCCCCUUCUGCUGUGCGUUGUGGCCUCCCGUGGGGGAGGAGAACGGAUUCAAGGACUCUGAGAAAGGGUGUAAUCUGAUCCCUACUUUCGCUUUGCCUUCCUUGUUGUCCAGGACCCAACCCUUUUAGGUUGAAAGUUCACAUUCUUUUCAGCUUUUCCAAUUCGUUGAUAUGCUUUAGACCAUUUCAGCUUCCUGUUUCCUGAGCAUGCGCCUCCCGGCUCAGUUGGCUUAAUGCUAUCAGCUUUUGUGUAGAGGCGGUAAGGCAUGCCCCAGACUCUGCAACAAACCAUGUCUAGAAACAGCAACAAUGAUCUCACACAUGCUUGAUCUAGGUAUAGCGGUUUUGUUUAGAUAGACUAGAGCUGUAGUUGGACUUGUAUUAACGAAGGAAGACGACGAUCUCUGAAGUCGGUCAGCGUGUUUUUCUUUGUUUCCUGACUUGCUUUGGUGAAUUGUUUCUGGCCUGUAGGGAUUCUUCACACAGGCUGUUGAUUAAGAAGGUAAACUGCCCCGUCCAUCAGCACCCCGCCGGCCCCAGAGAAAUGUCGGCACAUCGCCGAGGGGGACGGGUAUCCGCCGGACCAUCCAGGGGGCAGACGUGUCCCCCUCAACAGGGCCAGGCAGAAACGGAUCUGCUGGACCGGAUCCUGGAGAGGCCCACCCUGGCUGUGGCGGAGCAGCCCAAAGAGAGAGGCAUGAGGUUCCGCUACGAGUGUGAGGGCCGCUCGGCCGGUAGCAUCCUGGGGGCCAACAGUGGGGACUCCAGCAAGACCCUGCCUGCCAUAGAGCUUCAGGGUCCCAUUCAGCACAUCAAGAAAGUGACGGUCACCGUUUCCCUGGUGACCAAAGACUACCCGUACCGCCCACACCCCCACUGCCUUGUGGGUAAGGACUGUGCUGAUGGUACAGGAAUCUGUGUGGUCAGUUUUAACCCCCACAACAACAGACGUCACAGUUUUGCUAACCUGGGGAUCCAGUGUGUAAGAAGGAAGGAAUUAGACGCUUCACUAGAGAAGAGACGGAGUCAGAAAAUUGACCCCUUUAAAACGGGCCAGUCCAGGAGCAUUGAAGACAUGGAUAUGAAUGUGGUUCGGCUCUGUUUCCAGUGUGAGCUGGAGUGGGAGGAUGGCAAGAGAGACCUCCUCAAUCCGGUUGUGUCCAACCCAAUCUAUGACAAGAAGGCGACCACCACAUCAGAGCUGAAGAUCAACCGCCUGAACAUUGUUAAAGGACCAUGCUCUGGAAAAACGGAGAUCUACAUGCUUUGCGACAAAGUCCAGAAAGAUGACAUAGAGAUCAUCUUCAAACGGGGGUCGUGGGAGGCCAAGGCGGAGUUUGCCCAGACGGAUGUUCACCGGCAGAUUGCUAUCGUGUUUAAGACCCCGCCUUACCAGGAACAGGACGUGGGGGAGGAAGUGGAGGUCAACGUGUUCCUGCGCCGUCUCUCGGACCACAUGGACAGUGACCCCGUCACGUUUAGCUACCAGCCACAGAACUCAGAUCCAUACGAAGUGAAGCGGAAGAGGAAGAUAAAGACAGACAUCAGCUUCACAGAUCGAUCCUGUGUUGCCGCUAAGAAUGUGGCUGCAGUGGAAGCCCCCUCAUCCCAGCCAUUUGAGGCCUUUCACUUUGGGCCGGCUGAGAGCUGUCCGGCUCUGGACGAGAUGCCCCUUCCUGCCCAGCCAGGGGCCUCGACCUUGGGGGAGAUCCACUACAGUGAUCCCCAGGAUGACAACCUUUUCAGCCAGACAAUUAGCCCGGAGGACAUCUGCACAAUAACUCAUCUACUGGAGUUGUAUGACCCCACCAUCUUUAGCUUUGACCAGGGGUCAAACUUUGCUCAGGGCGAAAUGGACAAUGUCACCCUGGGUGUAUCCGGGCAGGACUUAGGCUACUAUAAUGACGUGCAGUUCAACCAGCUGGUCAACGAGAAUCAGGCCCCACUACGGGAAUCAGCCCCCUGCCUUCCGCUGUCCCUCCCAGGACCAGCCCCUCUGGACCUGGGCCAGUGUGAUAAUGACGGCCGCGGUUUGGUCCAGGUCAAGACAGAGGGUGAACUAUGAGGGUCCAACACCCCCCCCCCCCCUCUCGUAAUUGGCUCUGGUUGAAACGUAGCACCUGUGUAGUGAAUGAGUUUGCUUUUGUUGUGUUGGUCCACAGACCAGAAAUGUAGUGUGUGUAAAAUCCCUAACUGUAUGUGCUGUGAAUGUCCUCUAAACCCAACUGAGGUAAGCGGGUGAGUUCAGACACACACCGUUUCUAGCAGUUUCUAGGUCACUGUGUAUCCUAAUGGUGUAUACCCGUUGAUCACAAAGGCCUCGCUGGACGAGCCUAUAACGUAAGACCCAGUUCCUCCUUCCCCCACACACUACCAGAUCCCCUGAAAGUUAAAUUUCAACUUUCUAGAGAAGACCCGAGAGACCCAAGCCUCAGGGUGUCCCAAGAUGCCUUCACCAUGCUGCUAACGUUUGCCUAUGGCUAAAUAGCCUUGGCCACUCAGCACUCACAGAUAGCAUGGAGCUCCCUCCUGAGGAGCCAGCGAUACUGACACAGCAAGUGUGCCCUCCGCUAGGACUAUCUGUGCUUUAAGAGGACGUUGCAAUGCACUCAGCAAAUAGAAAGUGGACUCCGACUCGGCUCCUCUGCCUUGUCACUUUUAUUUUUUUCAUCCUCACAUUGUGUACAUUCUGGAGGACCAAUGUCCACAAGGACUUACAGGGAAUCCCUCACAUCAAAACCAAGCAUUUAACUGUUCAUGCAAGAUAUUCUGUCUAUGGAGGAAUUGAGAAAGGGACCACUGAUUCUCUAGUGUUUUUAAUGUUUCUCUCCGAUGAGACAUUCUUUGUGUACUGAACGUUUGUUUGAAUGUUGAAAUGAGUUUCAACCUCUUUAAUCCACCACGUGACUCUGUAUAUUGUAAAAACUAAUCAUUUACAGUAGAAAACGGCCAGUCCAACUUGCUGAUCGCCUGUAGUUCAUUGGAAAUGCUAUUCAAUAAAACUUGUUCAUAUUCAGUUCAGCA